UAAAUACAGGUAAAAUUCUCAGGCGAUCUUAUUUAUAAUUUUAAAUCUAAAAUUUUGCACAGGCAAAACCGCGUGCAAUAGUAGUGACAUUAACGUAAUGUGAUGAAACUUACUUUUUACCUUAGACCCAACAGGGUAUUGAGCUGGCAACGUCCCAUAGGUUCACUUCACGACCUUGACGACGGUCAAUAGGAAGAGCGGCAACGUCGGUUGUAAUAUGUCAAAUCAUAAAUAAAGCUUCUAUCAAAUACUCAUAACAAUGGAAGUACACGAGUGUACUUUGUUUACCGUUGUUUACUUUUCUUGACGUAAGUGAACACGCUAUUUCAAGAAAUUUGAAGUGCUAAUUCAUUAAAAUAUGUACGCUUUCAUGACUGUGCCUCAACUUAAAGUUGAGGUUCGUAAAAGAAAUGCGUCAAUUGCCGGAAAAAAAGGCUAAUUUGAUAGAAAGAUUGCAAUCUAAUGACCGGAAUAAAAAUUUUGGUGUUGACUGCGAGAUCCAAGAGGAGAUCGCAUAUCUGAGUCCAGCCACUGAUACUUUCAGAGACAUAAUUGCGGACACUUCUUUACCAAUGAUUACGAGACAAGCAAUACAGGAAUAUUUUGAAAGAUAUAAUACUCAGCAUAAAGGACAACUCCUGUACGAAUUUCGACAUCUUGUGACUGCCCGCUAUUCCACAGAUGGCAUUUAUACCCACUUGCGAGGACAAUGUAAAGCCAGUAUGAAAAAAAUGGUAUACUUUGUGGAUAUAAAAUUAAGUAAAGAUGGAGUAAUUGAAGAAUGCCAUUGCGAUUGUGCUGCAGGCAGUGGUACUCAAGCAUGUUGCAAACAUGUCUCUGUAUUGUUGGAUGACAUGUGAACCCGCAAAUCCACAUGGCAUUGAAUGGGAUCGUUACACCUAUGUAGAUAGGACUCCAAUAGAUAUUUUACUAGAGAAGCUAUUAUUAAAAAAUAUUAUAUCUGAACAAAUUCAGGAAGUGAGAAGAAUACAAGAGCCCAAAGUGAUUCCUCUGAGUGGCAUGAAAGAUCAUGCAGGAUUACUGCCAGUAUGUUUCAUUUAGUGUGCCACAGUAAAACAUAUGAGUACCAAAAAUAUAUGUAAUCGAUAUGAUUUUGGCCCCCAAAGCUGUGCAGACUAUGUUAGUUGUGCAUAGUAAAAUCCAAGAAACUAUUUCCAUUGCCAAAUAUGAUAGAGAUUAUGGACUAAAAAUAAAAAAAGUGGAUUCAUUAUAUCAUUUGAAUAUCCUUUUCUGGCUGUUUCUCCAGACGGUAUAUUGGGUAAAGAUACUAUUGUUGAGGUUAAGUGUCCAUAUGCUGCUAGAUAUUAUAAAAUAACCUCUGUGACUG